CUCAUCCACAUCCAGUCAGCCACCACCACACGGUCUCUCUCACCAGGCAGCCAGACAGAACCCUAGCUGCGCACCGCGUGAGGGCGAUUGGAGCAGAGGCGCGAGUGAGGGUGACAGGAGCAGCGGCGAGCAGGCAGGAGCGCGACUCCGUGCGGGUCGCGAGGCAGGAGCGCGGCUCUGUGCGGGUCGUGAGGCAGGCGCGCGCGGGGGCGUCCUCUCCGGGCGCACGCACGGGCGUCCUCGCCAAGCCCACGGGUGGAUGGGCCCUGCGAGGGCAGGCCUCGCCAGGCGCGCGGGCGGGCCGCGUCGCCAGGCGCGUGGUCGGGCAGGCCCCUCGAGGGCGCUCACGAACGCAGAGUCAGGGAGAAGAGGCUUUGGCUCAAGGCUCCAGGCGCGUCGUAGGGAGAAGGCCAAAUCACAUGGAUUUGAAUCUUGUCGUUAAAUUUCGGUCCUUCUUCAGUCUUCCUGAUGGAGGACCAAAGUCAUGGCGGCAGGAUGUGGUAUUCCCAGAUGUGGAACAUAGAGAAUGCAUGAGGCACUUGUGGAAGAACAUGAAGAAGAAUGGGUUCAUCGGUGGACUUUAUGGUAAGAAUAUGUGGUCAGCCGCCAAGAGCUUCACAACUGACAAGUUCAACUACUUCAUGGGCAAGAUAGAAGAGAAGGAUCCUAGUGCACAGCCGUGGUUGGAUGACAAUCAUCCAUAUGUGGGGAGUAGGAGCAAAUUCUUUGAAGAUUGCAAGAUUGGUGCCAAAAUGUCAGGAAAAAUAAUCCCAGCUAUCAUCAAUGCUCUAAAUGCUGAAGCCAAGACUAUCAAGAACCAUGAUGUGUUGAAAUGUGGGGCUGGAACAGCUGAAGUAACUGUGAACAGAUUUAGGCAUGCUGUCAACCUGCAACAAAAGACAUGUAGUUGUAGGGCUUGGCAAGUCACUGGAAAACCCUGCACCCAUGCUUUAGCUUUCAUUGCUAAGCUGAGUUGACAUGUACAAAUGGAUGAAUUUUUCCAUGACUACUUCUCUGUGGAUAUGUUCAAGAAGGCAUAUGCAGGUACUUUCAAUCCUAUGACAUCAAAGGAUAAUUGGCCACGUGUUGAUUUAGGCUACAAAAUCAAGAAACCUAAAUUGAGAAGAAAGCCAGGAAGACCAAGAAUCUCUAGGAUCAAGUCCUAUAAUGAGGCCGGCACUAGUAAAAAAAAGGAAGCCUUGUUCUGAAUG